CUCUGAAAAGUUCAGCAUGGCACAUGGUAGGUGAGCUUUUCCAUGACAGCAGAACAGGAGUGAUUUCAUUUGCCAAACACACAUCACGCCCAUUAAAUAUUGUCGCCAUACGCCAGAGAACAUAAUCUAUCAUGGGCACCAUCAUACUUAAUCACCAUCACUUCUUUCUCUCUCCUCUCCCUGUGUCUUGGUCUCUCUGUCCGUCUCUCCCUCCCUCUCUUCCCCCUGUCCCUGAGUCCCUCCAUCUCUCUCUCUGAGGCAGACACUCAAACACACACAGAGCAGGGGCUACUGAGCUGUUACGGUUCUGACUGGAUUUUAGCUCCCUUGACCAAAAGAUUCCAGUCAUGGUGCAUAUUUUUCCUUUUCUGCAGGAAUUGCUAUGGAGGUAGCAGCUAUGGCGGAUUCUACAGUCAAGAUUCAAAAUGCUGAAACCGAUGUAGAAUUGCUGUCACCGGUUGUGGUUGGACACAGUCCUCUUUGAUAGUGACACGGUGAUGCAUAUGGAGUAAAGAAACUGUCUUCAAGUUGAGAGGGGCUACUUGAGGAAUUGAGGAAAUGCAGUAGUUGAGGCCUUGAAGUAGAACUGACCUUUCCUUGAAGAAGUGAUAGUGACCUGGGAACUCUAAGAAGGAUUUAAGCAAUGUAUGGGUUCUCCAGAGGAAACUCCUUUUGCUCUUGCACACUCUAGGCAUUUGACGCGGUAUGGAAGUGAAGGCUGGAUCACCAGCAAAGAAGGAAACAGGAGUACCGUCAUAGAGAUCAUCAAUACUGGUUCUUGGUGACAGCUUGCUUGGCACCAUAUAUGGAUGGGCAGUCAGAGAAAACCAUGCGGACUCUGCCAGAUACACUCUCAUCUCUCAAGGAGUUCAACAAGUACCUCACACCUAGUUGGGUUGAAUCAGUGUCUCACAUCAUCAAGGAGUUGACACCAACCAAGCCACAGAAAGUAAUGGAAGAUAAGGCCCAAGAGAUAUCUGAGUGCGAUGACACAGAACCAGACACUAAAAUUGCAAAGAUUCAAGAUGAAAUGGUUUCACUGAGUGCUCAACUAAAGGAGAUAACGCUGCAGAAAAGAGAGUCAUUAAAUAACUAUUUGGAUCUGAAAGGAAGCAUAAGAGUAUUCUGCCGUAUAAGGCCUUUCAACCAUGAACAAAGUUACAGUUCCAGAACCAUGUUCACCCUAGAUGAGAGUAACAUUUUCUUAAGAGUUUCUGAAACCAAGAGAAAACAAUACAAGUUCGAUAAGGUUUUCGACCCAUCCUCAACACAAGGUGAUGUAUUUUCUGAAGUCGAGCCACUGAUAAAAUCUGCUAUAGAUGGCUACAACGUUUGCAUAUUUGCUUACGGUCAGACGGGUAGCGGAAAAACUUACACAAUGGAAGGCAAGCCUACAGAUUUGGGUGUCAUACCACGUGGGAUUCAAGUACUGCUCGAUCGAGCUUCAGAGAGCAACAACAGAUUUCUGUUCACUUUCAGUAUGCUCGAGAUAUACAUGGGGAACCUAAGAGAUUUGCUAGUUCCAGGGAGCAAGACCAAUGGGUUUAAGAAUGUCCCAAGCCUUGCUAUUAAAACGGAUCCAGAUGGUGGCAUUGAGAUUGAAAACCUAGUGGCAGUUACUGUGAAUAAUUUUCAAGAAGUGAAAAGAUUAUAUGGCGUGGGGACCCGGCUUAGAUCAACAGCUUCGACUAUGGCUAAUUCUACAUCAAGCAGAUCUCACUGUUUGAUUCGCAUUUCAAUGACUUCCUUCGACGCACCUGAGAGAAAAAAAGCAAGAAACAAAUUAUGGAUGAUUGAUCUAGGUGGAAGUGAAAGACUUGUAAAGACAAAAGCAACUGGAAAAAGGCUCAAGGAAGGAAAAGCUAUAAAUUUGUCAUUGUCAGCCCUAGGGGAUGUGAUUGAUGCAUUACAGACAAAAAAAACUCAUGUACCUUACAGGAAUAGUAAGCUUACACAAGUUCUAAGAGAUUCUCUAGGAUGCGAGUCCAAGACAUUGAUGCUUGUCCAUAUUAGACCAAAUGAAAAUGAUUUGUGUGAGACAGUUUGCACCUUGGGUUUUGCAACAAGAGUAAGAAGUAUCCGUCUAGAAAGUGAAGAAUCGCCGGAUGUAAAAGCAAGGAAGGAACAGUUCUUGAUGGAGUUAGGACAGAAGGUCAAUGAUUUGGAACAAGAAUGUGAUAAUAUUAAAAGAAAAGUUAAGAAGCUUGAGGAUACAAUGGAGCAGUUGAAAGGGCCCCAGCUAGCGGUUAGCACAAAUUUCGUCAUUUCGCCUCCAUCCACUGAAGAGCUGAAGAUUAACAUGUCAAAGAAUGUAAGAAGUCUGAAGAAUCAUAGAGAAGUUUCGUCUGGGUUACCAAGGUUCAUGAGGCCAACUGCUGCUAGCCAGCAUAGGAUAGGCCUAAAUAACAACGUUCCCAGCAUUAACAGACUGAAACCACCAGUGCCCCCAAAGAGAAGGCCUUCCUCCGUUUAUGCUGAAUCUAUAAGGCUUCCAGUAAAUGCAGACACUUGGCAGUCAGAGUGUAGUUCUGAAUGCAGUAUCUCCAUGACAAGUGACAUUAACUGGACACCGAGCAUACAAGAUGGGACUGAAUAUAGCCAAGAUGCAUCAGAGUACGAGAUCAAACAGGUUAUUUUCUCUGAACAUGAGAAACCAUCACAGGGUCAGGUGAUUUCCUUCAAAGAAUGGCAACUAGCAGAAUCGGAGAAUAUGCAGAACAAAACUGAAGAAAGGGGCAUUAUAGACAUUGAUAACUGGAUCCACCAACAAAUACUUGAAAGCACUGUCACGUGUCAAAGUAAAAUGGGUUUAAAUGUCCCCAAAGUAACUGGAGAUGAAACUUCCAAUAUUCGUUCACCAAUUAAGAUUGAAGGGGCUAAAGGUUGUAACAAGGCACUCGAUGAAGAAAACGACCUAGCCCUUCACCCCCCACCACUCAGUGCAAAGGAUAUAAAGCAAGCAAAUGCAGAUAAUCAUUUCUCCGGAGCAGAAUUACGCAGCCCUCCAUCAAGAGAACGUUGCAGCAACAAUGAAACGAACAAACAUACGAAUGAAAGUUUUGCAUAUCAUGGGAGGUCCAGGAGAUCUCUUCAAGAAAAACUGGAUGAUUGCAUGCUAAGGCAGCCAGACAAGGAAGCUGAUCUAAGUGCAUGUGCUGAAAUCAGGUCCCAGGAAGAAGAAGAACACAUAGGAAAGCUAACAAAGUUCUUUCAAGCACUUCAAAUAGCUUGGGUCGGUGUUGGUCUAGGAUUAGGCACUGCCAGCCUUGGUUUAGAGGACGACUUCUUUCAUAGCUUGAUGCUCUGAAGUAACUAUAAUCCUGUCAUUUCUAAGAUGUAGUACUCAGUUUUGAGAGUAAACUACGUCAGGAGAUGUAUUGCUGGGUUGACAAAGUGGCAGGGAAUUGCUAUCUCAAUCUGCGUUGCUGCCACACUUGGUUGAUUCUUGUAGGACCAAAAUGGAAGUUGCAAAAAAGUGCAGCAGUGAACAAACUAUGAUAAUGAGACA